AUGAAUUCGAAGGUUCUAAUCGGCAUCGCCUUUGCCUUGCGUCUUUUCGUAUCUGUCUCCUGCUAUGGCACGACAAUCUCCAUUGGGAUCAGCUCCUGUCCUGCAAUAUAUACGAACUCAAGCACCAGCAGCGGCGCAUCGACUACCCCUACUAUAAUCCCUGGAGUGCGGGUUUAUCUCACAUUUGCCUUGGGUGGCUUCACCGAAUACCUCACUGCCGAUGGAACGAUCACCAAUGACGCGCAGCAUGCCGCAGCAUUCGCUGUUACACCUUUUGGCCAGUUGAUGAGCGGAGGUAAUUAUGUAUCGACCUCUGGAGACGUGUCAUCGCAGCCAUUCGCAGCUUCGCCAGAGACACCAGUCAUGAAGAGGCUGCCUCGGAUUUUCACACUGUUCUCCAUAUUAGAGAAUGACAUUCUUGUCUGGAAGAACGAUGCGUUCGUUGGUGGACAGGCUAUCUUCUGCCUCUCUGGCUCGACGCUUGUCAUCGUGUUCAAUGGAGUGCUGCCACAGGGCUGUAUCAGAGUACAAAUCGGCGUCAUUCCUACGGGAAAUGUCAUUCCAUCUUCGACCUCGUCAACCACUCUCUUGCCCCAGUCAAGCAUGACCACGACCUCGGAUAUGUCAACACCGAUGCAGCCACCACGAAGCAGUUCGGUGUCAACUUCUGCCAGUGUUGUUUCCAUGUCCACGACCGCCUCGUUCUCAGAGUCUUCCGUUUCUACUUCAGGCACAUCCAUGUCAUCUCCCUCGCCGACCGAUGUAACAAGCCCGUCGUCCAUGCCUGAAUCUUCCUCAAGUCCGGUGACAUCUUCAACAACGCUUGCCGCAUAUCCAGCUCCGACAACGACCGGUUCACCGAACUGCUAUGACCGCUCGCCGUUUGACGGCACUGUUAACAAUGAUUAUCUGAUUUUGUGCGAUACCGACCUUUCCGGAUUUGAUCUUGAUGUAGUUGCAGCAUCUGAUAUCGCUGAAUGUAUUGAUGCAUGCAGCUCAUACGUUCCUGGAUCCCAGGGACCUUGUGUUGCGGUCGAGUUUGAUAUUCUUGCCAAUACGAAUCCAUGCCAUCUCAAAUUCGACAUUGGCACCGUCAAUAGAGGAGCCAAUUCAUUUGCACAAGCUGCGAUAGUUGUCAACCAGCCAUACUCUCCCAACAUUGUCUUUUCCGAUCCUGGCGUUUCUAGCAGCCAAACGAGCGAAACCGAAUCGUCAACAUUUGUGUCUGGAAUCUCCACAACAACAGAUGUUGUAUCUACCCUGACCACCUCGUCGUCAAUUCCGUCCGUCGGUCCGAGUACUUCUACUUACGCUUCGCCUACCUCAGGUAUGCAGCAGCAUCCCCCGUCCACCGCCCCUAGUAGCAGCCCGUUGUCUAUGUCAUCCACAGUUGGAGGAACAAGCAGCGAGGCAGGCCCUGGCUCUGGUCCUGCUAGUUCGUCUGGGCCAAACUCGGCCUCGACUGGCCAACAACAAUCCAGCACGAUGACAACCUCAAGAAGUCCUUCGAGUUCUUCUUCUAGCGUAACCACUGUCGGCUCUUCACUUGGUUCACGUUCGCCCACCUCACCAUCAAUGUCUGUUAGUAGCAGCAGUGUAUCCACGUCGCAGCCCGCAUCCUCAGGCCCAGCUACGACCAGUCAACCAACCUCACAGUCAAGCCUGUCGCUUACGAGCACAUCGUUAGUCACUACUUCGCGGAGUCCCAGCGCAAGCACGACUGUCCCUCUUACAUCAACAACCACAACUUCCUAUUGUUCGGCUACUCCAACAACGACCAACCUUUGCUCCACCUACAACCACCAAGCGCUCAAUGUCAACAGCGACGGCUACUGCUACGAGGUCGAGUGUGCGACAUCACUGCAGGGAGCUGUCCUAACUGGGAACUCUACAACGGCCACUUCGCUCAAAAGUUGUGUGGGCUACUGCACGAACUAUAACGUUGCACUGCCGUUUGGAUGUGUGGGUGUUAGCUAUCUUGGUUCAUCAAGUGGAAACGGGCCCAACUGCCUUCUUCUAUCUAGUGUAACUGGGACGGUCUUCAAUGCAAAUGUCGACAGUGCUCGCCUGCUUUACGCUGGAUAUGCCUCGAUCACCGACCCUAUCUUCACGCCUACGAGCACCACAACACAGUUUCCAGCGUCUUCACUCUCGUCAACGUUUGCUACAUCAUCAUCCAUAACCACAUCGACAACAUCAUAUUUCCCUACUAGUUGCGCGGCAGCUCCAACUGGUUCAGCAUCGGCGUGCCCAGGCAAUUCUCCCACUUGCUACUCCUACAACUUCCUCGGCAACAAUGCCAACUUUGAGAUAGAAUGCGCCACGGCCUUUACCGGUUCAUCGUCGCAACCGCUGUUGACAUUCGAUUUGACAGACUGCAUCAACCAGUGUCAAUAUGCAAACGCUAUUAGAGUGAAUAGUUGUCUUGGAGUGACAUUCAUGGUGACAGACGUGAGUCAAGGGUCGAUUAACAAUUGCUUCCCUUACUCCACUUUGACUUGUGCUACUCGGGGCAAUGCUACCUUCAAUAGCGCUCGGAUGCUCUAUGCCGGGUAUUCCCAAAUGACUGAUUAUAAUGAUCCGAGUUUCGUGUGUGCUGGUUCUGGGGGAACGACGUCUACUACGGCCCCGACGUCUUCAUCCGGCGCAAGUACUUUGAGAGCGUCAACAACGAGUGUCACACAAGCAGCGACCACGGCUUCCACGGCUUCAACUACGGAUCUUGCUCAGGCUACUUCCACCAACUUCCCACUCGCUUACCCUCAGGACCCAGUCUGCAACGGUAACCUCAUGUCAACAUACGAGGGUGGGCAACUGUCGGUGAAUCCAGCAACAGGUCGCUAUUACGAUAUCGAGUGUGCGGCCGAUUACACCAACCCAGGCAAUAACCCUUUUGGAGCCACGACGCAGCCAACAUACGAUAGCUGCGCGAAUCAAUGUGACAUUGCAGCAGGGCAGAGCACUCCCUGCUACGCAUUUUCGUGGACGGCCAGCUCUGGGCUGUGCACCUUAUUCGGCCGAGUCAGCAACGGCGUCCAACUUACAACCAACAUGACCAACGCGGCAGGAAUCCAUUCCGGACGGUGGCUGUCCAUAACAGUAGGCAGCACAACGACAUCUCAACCCCUCCAACUGUAUCUCGCAAGGCCUAUUCCCUUCCCUGUGGGACCGCUCGCCGCAAAUUCUCAAACCACCCGCAAUUACCCGGGCGGCACCAACACAUAUUACAACGGCUGGUCCGACACCGCGCACGCCACCGUCUUAGAUCUUUCGUCACAGUAUGGGAUUCAAUGGAGGAUCUUCGACCAUGUACAGUCGACGUUGUGGGUUACUGCCAACUUCUGGUUCACGAACACCCCCUUGGGGGUCACCGCUGUGACGCAAAACCAAUGGAGCACCAACUCGCGAAACAGCGAUACUACGCCCCUCUCAUUCCCAGCCAGCAAUCUGCCCGGAUACACGCUCGCGCCGUUCUGGACGUACGGGCAUAUUCUUGGGGCCUCACAGCAGGGCAUAUACUACCAAGUCGACCUCAUCUCGGCUGGCCGCUAUGGCAUCUCGAUUGAAUGGUUCUUCAGCCACUACGGCCAGGACAACAACGUCUUCCACGCCGUCAUGACCUACGAUACAGGCGCUCCGGGAGUGUGGAGUACGUACUUUUUCCUGGCAGGUGCGUCCUCGGGCCAGUACGAGGACCAGGGUCUUCGACAAACCGUCGGCGGUCAGGGUGACCUGAACAGUGCCACACAGUAUUUCACCUACUGCGCCGGACAGCAGGGCUGCGUCACGCCCGGGGCGAAGAUGACCAUGGACACGACAAAAGUCGACGUCUCUCAGGUCAUGAAUUACACUGCGGGCCUGUUCAACCCCGCCAAUUAUGGCAUGGGCACUUGGACGUGGCAAACCAAGCCGUGUUGCUGA